AUUUAUAGUAAAAUAUUUGAUAAAUGGGAAAUGCUUGUAGAUGUCAUUCGUAUCCAGAAAACUUAAAUGAAGAGCAAGAAUCUAAUAAUCCAGAGAUUUAUUAAGGAAAUAUAGAUAAAGCAGAGGAUGUUAAAUGUGAAUAAUAAUCUUUUUCAAAAUGGAGAAAUAUUUAAGAAGGUUUGAUUUAUAAAUGUAAAAUAAGAUGAUAACCUACCACUUGCAGAGUUUAGAGAAGAAGUAGCAAAAUCAAAUAAUGGUAGCCGAAUUCUAUUGCCUGCUGUAACAAUGAAAUCUGGGAAUAUGUAGAGUUUAUGAACUAGCUUAGAUAUGAAGGAGAAUGGUUGAAUUAGAAAAAGGAUGGUAAAGGGAAAUUCACAUGGAAAGAUGGGAGUUAUUUUUAAGGGGAUUUUUAAUAGGAUAAAGCAUAAGGAAUAGGAAAAUUGGUUCAUGUAAAUGGUGAUUCAUAUGAAGGAGAAUGGUAAAAUGAUAUGGCUCAUGGUCAUGGAGUUUUUAUUCAUUUUAGAGGAGUUAAAUAUGCUGGAUAAUGGAAAUAUGAUUUAUAAGAUGGAGAAGGAUAGGAAACAUGGCCUGAUGGAACUGAAUAUAAAGGAACAUAUAAAGAAGGGAAAAGGCAUGGAUAAGGAUAUAUGUAAUUUUAGGAUGGUUCUAAAUAUGAAGGUAAUUUCGAGAAUAAUGAAAUAUCUGGAUAUGGUUGUUAUACAUGGAAGGAUGGGAAAUAAUAUAAGGGAUAAUGGUUGAAUAAUAAAAUGCAUGGUAUUUUUUAUUAUAGAAGAUAUAUAAGGAUAGGGAGAAUGUACAUGGAAAGAUGGAAAGAGUUAUAAAGGAGAAUAUGCAGAUGAUAAAAAGAAUGGAUAUGGAGUAUUUACUUGGGCCAGUGGAAAAAGAUAUGAAGGAUAUUGGUAAGAUGGUAAAUAACAUGGAGAUGGGAUAAUAAUCAAUGCUGAGGGAGUUAGAAGAGAAGGAUUAUGGGAAUAUGGUAAACCUAAGAAUUUAGAUUGAUUAUAAUUUUAUCUAUGAC